CCACCAGCAGCGGCUCGGUGCGCCAGUGGAAGCCGGAGUCCAGGCGUGGGGCGCACCGUGGAGCGGCGCGUCAGGCUGCGGUCCGACAAAAACACCAGCGAUCCUUAAGUCUAAAAGCCAGUCCAGUUAAAGAAAACAGCCUGUGUUUAACUCCUGCACAGCUGUAUUCUUCGGACUGGUGUUAGGGAAAGGAGGAGGAGAAGGAGAAGGGGAGGGGAGGAGGGGGGGGGAGGAGGUAGAAAAGAUGCGGCUCCAGUCCGACUCGGUGCGCCGCGCUGCCCGCCUCCAGCGCUGGUGAUGCCCGCCGCCGCGCCGGGAUCACCGCCCAGCCGCAGCAGCAGCAGCAGCAGCAGAAGAAGAAGAAGAAGAGGGAGCAGGUCGGGAAAAACAGGGCGUCUGGGGCCGAGAAUGAUGAUGGUAAGGUCGGGAUCAUGGCUAACGGAACCGGUACUAUCAUGUUAAAGUGCGUCGUGGUCGGAGACGGUGCAGUGGGGAAAACGUGUCUUCUGAUGAGCUAUGCCAAUGACGCCUUCCCGGAGGAGUAUGUACCCACAGUGUUUGAUCAUUAUGCAGUGAGUGUCAACGUUGGUGGAAAGCAGUACUUGUUGGGACUGUAUGACACCGCCGGUCAGGAGGACUACGACCGUCUGAGGCCGCUGUCCUACCCGAUGACCGAUGUCUUCCUCAUCUGCUUCUCGGUGGUUAACCCCGCCAGUUUCCAGAAUGUGCGAGAGGAAUGGGUGCCCGAACUGCAGGAGUAUGCACCCAGCGUCCCCUACCUGCUCAUCGGCACCCAGAUUGACCUUCGUGAUGACCCCAAGACCAUUGCCAAACUGAAUGACAUGAAGGAAAAGCCCAUAGCCACUGAGCAAGGACAGAAACUGGCAAAGGAGAUCGGUGCAUGUUGCUAUGUGGAAUGUUCAGCGUUGACCCAAAAGGGCCUGAAAACAGUGUUGACGAGGCCAUCAUCGCCAUUCUGGCUCCGAAGAGAAAGAAGGGGGCUCUGAAGAGGAGACUGGGACCCCGCUGCAUUAACUGCUGCCUGAUCACGUGAUACAUAAAACCCAGAGAUCAUUCAGCAAACCAACCAUAAACCAAACCUGUACUGAAGGCACGAGACAGACGAAAGAAAAAUGCACAGACAGCAGAGCGAGACAAAAGUGAGGACUUGAAAAGGACAAAACAAGAGCUACUUUAAGCUGCAAAGCUCUUGAAAAGGUCAUAAGUCUCGCCUGCUGUCCAGUACUGGGGUUGAUGAUGCAGUUUACUACCAAAGGAGCACAAACCCAAGUCAGUCUCUUCUUCUCAAAGACGUUUUUUUUGCCUCAAAAGUACCUGCUUUUAUAACCAUUUUUAAUCAUUUUCCUGUAAAAAUGUUGCAAGCUGUCAUAUAUAUA